AUGAUUGCAAUAUUUUUGCUUUCCGCUUUGCCAGCUGUAGUCACCAAACAAGAUCAUAUGAAACUCCAACUUGUACAAGUGGUAUGGCGGCACGGGGACAGAUCACCUACUCACACUUACAAAAAAGAUCUAAUAAGAGAAGUUAAUUGGACUUUUGGAGGAGGAGGAUGGGGGCAGCUUUCGACGAUAGGAAUGAGGCAGCAUUUCGAAUUCGGAAAACAGUUGCGCAAGCGAUAUAUUGUCGAAAAUGAAUUUCUCAGCAAAACAUAUAAUUCAAAAGAGAUCUAUGUCCGCUCGUCAGAUUAUAACAGAACUAUAAUUUCCGCCAUGUCAAAUUUGAUGGGAAUGUACAGCUACAACAAUAAUGCGAGCAUAGAAGGCACUGACUAUCCAAAAAACUUGACAGGAUGGCCUCAAGGAUUUAUUCCAAUUCCAGUGCAUACCGUUGACCACAACACGGACUUUGUAACUCCUUCAAACUGUUUUUCAGCAUAA